AUGAAUAUGCUAAAGUCGUUGUUUAUUGACAAAUUAAUUCUCUUUACCAAGGCUUCCUCUUCUAAUGGAUAUGCUAAAGUCGUUGUUGAGUCACUCUUUGAACGAAUCUCCAAGGAACAUACAGCUAAUGGAGACAAUAUGAACAAGGUUGUUGCUGAUUCUGCUGAGGUUUGCAAAACAACGACUGAAAAAGUCGAUAAACUAAUUGCUGACAGUACUACUUUCAUGGAAAACUUCCAAACCAUUUUCAACUCUAAUACCACUACAGAAAAUGAAGAUUUGAAGAGUCUGGGAUCUCUCUUCAAAAUCGAGAAGACGAAGUUGCAAGAGAUUUGCUCUGGUCUGAAAAAUGUCCAUGAAGCAUUUCAAACCUCCAUUUCAUCUCAAAUCGUAAAGCUUCAACAAGAACAUGCAAAGGAGAAUGAUCUCAAGGAAUCUCUUGCUAUCAAGACCGAAGAAGUCAAGGAGUUAAGUGCAAAGUUGAAUACUUCGGAGAAACAGAUCAAAGCAUUAAUUAGAAACAAGGGGAAAAGUUUGUCUGGUGGAUCACGAAAAGAAGAACCCAAAGCUCCAGUCAAGCCUGUUAUCAAUCAAGAACCAAAGGGUAAAGAAAAAUUGUUUAGUGAUGAGCCUAUUAUUGAUGAUGACGACAAAGAAGAGCCUGAUGAAGAAGAACUAAAAAGACGAAAAGGUCGUGAAGCCAAUAUAAAUGAGCACCAGCGAAUCAUCCAUGAGGCUGAAGAAAAAGAAAGGGCUGAGAAAGAGGCACAAACAAUUCUUCAAAGCAAGAAGCUUUUGUUUCUUGCAUGGACCAUGAAGAGAAUCCAAAAUGAUGCAGUCGAUUUAACAAGCCAUUAUUUGUUAGAACCAAUUGUGUCUUUUGAUUUUCAAAAUACACAAGAUUCGCAAUUGGAUAUCCCAAUCACUACUUAG